AGAAGAAUCGUCUAGUUUCAGCAUGAAGACUUCUGGAGCUCUACUGGUGCUGCUGUGCUGCUGUUUGGCUGAGACGCAGAUCAGAGGAGAGACCAUCAAUGAAAAGGACAUCACUCACCAGGGUCACUAUGGUGAAGCAGAGACCAGAGAGAAUGAGGUUAUGGGUGCAGCAGAGACAACUGAAGCUGCUGCCACAGCCUCCAUCCAACAAACCUGCCAUUCUGACAUUCACAGUGUCCUGAGAGAGAUUAGCGCAUUGAUGGCGGAACAGAGAGUGGAGCUCAGAUACACUAAGACACAAAUAGAGGCCAUGGAGACCAGAUUGAGAGCCAGUGAGAAUAAAGCAGAGACCGUGGAGACCAGACUGAGAGCCAGUGAGAAUAAAGCAGAGACUUUGGAGACAAGACUGAGAGCCAGUGAGGAUGAAAUAAUGAAUCUGCAGAAAAGGAAUCAAGAGAGAAAAGUGUCUUUUUCAGUCUCACUGGAAACAAACACACACAGAUACACAGGACCCUUCAAUGCUGGAACAACCCUGGUCUACAAACACAUUAUUACCAACAUUGGCAAUGUGUACAGCUCCACCACAGGGUUCUUCACAGCUCCGGUGAAGGGAGUGUAUGACUUCAGUUUUUACGUCUUAGGGGAAGGCAGCACUAUUGCUGUGGGAGCAUUUCUCCGCAGGAAUCGGCAGAACCUCGUGAUGGCGUACACCAGUCUAGGCAGUGGUUGGAUGAACACAUCUAAUGGUGUUAGUGUGCUGUUGGAGGUGGGAGAUGUGGUGGAUGUUUCCCUGCCUGCCAAUCAUAGGAUAUUAGAUAAUGCAAACCAUCACAGCACCUUCAGAGGUCACCUGCUGUUCCACGUCUAACAGACACUGCAGUCAUUCAGCUGACUAAUUAGGAAGUGUGUUACCUGUAUUACCAAAAGGGAUAAAACACAAACACACACACACACACACACACACACACACACACACACACACA